AUGGAUAAAUUUGAAAAGGCAUGGUCGAGAUUUUCGGACGUGCCGUUUUUCAGCUUUAAGUGGACGAUGGAAAUGUCUGACUUGCCCAAAUUUGAAACGCUGCUGAGAGAGCGACACGAUCUUCCUUUGAUGAUCAGCGAAGAUGGAAACUACAAUAUCAGCUCAGUACUGCAGACAUUGAUCAGUCAACACCCGGGUACAAAAGAAGACUACAUUGCCAGCAUGGUUUUUGAACUGUACGUUCUCAUCGAGGGCGAAACUCCUGAUCAUUAUGCAAAGUUACUGUCCCCUGCUCGAGACGAAAUUGUCGAUCUUAUUGUCAAUCACGAAAAUUUUAAUCCCUAA